AUCCUUCUGGCUCAAGGGUGCGGGACAUUGGUCGAGAGCCUCGGACAGAUGUGCGGCAAUCGCGAGCGGACCUCCGUCCCGCGUGCUCAGCAUGGCCUCUCGACCGGCGCCGGGGGUGUGCAAGUUCGCGUUCAGCGCAGACCUCAGCGUGCUCGUGCGCUGCAAGAUCGACAGGCUCCUCCCAGCCUCGAGGGCGGAGGAGCUCAUCGGAGACGAACCCCUCGACAUCGAGGUUGACCUGGUGCUGGACGGGGCCGUCUUCCGGACCGUGCGGUCCUCCCAGGUGGCGUUCGACGCGUCGCCCGAGCAGGGCCUCUUCCGCCCGCAGCAUUGCACCUUCGCCAUCCGGGUGCGGGACCUGCCGCAGCGCUGCUCGCUCGUGGUGCGGCUGCGGUCGGCGGCCACGCCGCCUUGCGUGUACCGCGGCACGCUGCCGCUGUUCAACCGCCGAGCGGUGCUCCGGCAGGGCAGGCAGCUGCUGGCGCUGCUGCGCUGCGACGGCGGCGCCGACGCCGCCGCGGGCGCCCACGCCGCCGAGGGUGGCCACGCGCCCCCGCGCGCCGCCCCCGCGCAGGCGGACUGGGCGGAGCACUCGAACGACGUGCUGCUCCGGUCCGCGCCAGAGACGCUGCGGGAGGCCGUGCGGCUGGCGGCCGCGUCGGACCUGCACGCGCGCGGGGCGCUGCCGCCGGCCGCCCCUGGCUUCGAGGGCAGCGAGGAGCACUUCACGCGCGCCGCGCAGGACGCCAUCGAGGCAGCGGGCCUGCCCUGGCUGAGCAUCCGCCUGCCAGUGUUCGGGCACCCGGUGCUCUUCGCCGAGCCCCUGUACGACAGGGCCGCGGAGGCGGGGCAGUUCGAGGGCGGCGCCCGCACCGCGGAGCUGGGGCAGCUCGUGCCCGCGGGCGUGCUGGCGGCCGCCGCCGUGGACGGGGAGGGCGCCGCGGCGGCCGCCGUCGCCCAGGAGGCCCCCCUGCGGGGAGCCUGGUGGCUCCUGCAGCCCCUGCGCUCCGAGGGCGGGCGGUGCUUCAAGCCCUUCGUGGACCACGACGCCGCCUGCGAGCACCCGGCGGUGCUGAAGAGCCUCCGGCUCGCGCGGUCUUCGCGCGCCUCCAGGGUGAAGGACCGCGAUGCGCGCCCCAACACGGACGAGCUGCGGCGCCUGACCGAGCUCGUCCGGCGGCCGAGGCGGCAGUUCAGCGCGGAGGAGAAGCAUCUCAUCUUCCGCUUCCGGUGGACCCUCACAGAGCAGCCGGCGGCGCUGACGAAGUUCUUGCACGCGGUGGACUGGAGCGACCUCGAGGAGAGGCAGCACGCCAUAGAGCUGCUGGGGCACUGGAGCAAGGUGGACAUCGACGACGCGCUGGAGCUCCUCAGCAAGGACUUCCGGGGCGUGCCCCAGGUCCGGCGGCAUGCGGUGCGCCGCCUGGAGGACGCCACCGAUGACGAGGUCCAGCUGUACCUGCUGCAGCUGGUCCAGGCCCUGCGCUACGAGACCUCCGCCUACGGCGCUGGCAGCCAGGACUUGCCGGACUCGCCGGACGAGGACGCGCCGGACGGGGCGCCCUCGCCGCCGCGCCGCGGCACCUCCGCGGCCGCCGCCGGCGGCGAGCCCGCCACCCUCACGGGGUUCCUGAUCCAGCGGUCCGUCCGCUCGCACACCCUGGCGACCCUCUUCUACUGGUACGUCGUAGCCGAGACGGACGACCAGGAGCGCGGCCAGCUCUUCGCGGAGGUGCGGCGGCGGCUGCUGGACGCCCUGGGGGAGUCGGAGGCUGGAGAGUCCAUAUCGGGGGCUGCGGCGGGGGUGGCGCUGCGGCGGAAGCUGCUGUGGGCCAAUCAGACCGCAAAGGCGAUGAAGCGCGACCGCGUCGAGAAGAAGGUGGAGCAGUUCCGGCAGGCGCUCGGGGCCGAGCCGCCCGCCUCGGACGACGAGCCCGCGUGCCCGCUGAGCCUGCUGGAGGGCCUGGCCGACGGCAUCCCGCUGCCAAUCUACCCGAAGCUGUCACUGAUCAAGAUCUUUGCCGAGCAGUGCUCCCUGCUCAAGUCGGCCAUGCUCCCGGGUGUGCUGGCUUGCCAGGUUCAGCCCACGGGGGACCACAAGGGAGAGAAGCAGCUGAAGAAGAUCAUGAUCAAGGACGGCGGCCUUGAAUGCAGCACCUGCGCAUUGAAGAAUUGUCUCGGGGACCUGGGCCAUAUUCGGGCUUUGGUCUGGCAUGUCAGCCGAGUUUGACAGUUGAAGCAGCCGUGCCUCUGCCCGAGUAUGGCUUAUAGCCUUGUUACGAUCCUUUCGUUAGCAGUCCUGUAUGUCUCAGCCUGUGCAGGAGGGCGACGACUUGCGGCAAGAUCAGCUUAUACUCCAGCUCAUCAUCCUCAUGGACUCGAUCUUGAAAAAAUAUGGUCUUGACUUGCAGCUCAGCCCAUACUCUGUAAUUGCUCUGUCGCAGACCGAUGGGUUCAUCGAGAUGGUGCCAGAUUCCUCGAACUUGUCGGCGAUUCUGACCGAUCACAAUUACGAUGUCAUGCAGUUCUUUCGCACACACCACCCCCUAGAACAGAACAAGGGAGUUCACGCCACCGGAGAUGGGGGGUUCGGCCCCCAAAAUUCGUACGGCAUCAAGCCUGAGGUUUUAGACAAUUUCAUAAAGAGUUGUGCGGGAUACUGUGUGAUCACCUACAUCCUCGGAAUUGGCGACAGGCACCUCGACAACCUGAUGGUCACGCGCGACGGGCGACUAUUCCACAUAGAUUUCGGAUUCAUACUUGGGAAGGACCCUAAGCCGUUGCCUCCACCGAUGCGAAUUUGCAAAGAGAUGGUCGAGGGUAUGGGUGGGUUCGACUCCCCCGGUUAUGCGUCGUUCAAGUCAAAAUGCUGCCAGGCAUACAAUAUUCUGCGACGGCACGCGAAGCUCAUCAUCAACUUGCUGUACCUGAUGAGUGAUUCUGGGAUCAAAGACCUCUGUGGUGACCCGCAGUUCGCGAUCCUGAAGGUGGAGGAGAAGUUCCAAGCGCUCAUGGACGACGAGCAGGCGGAGGCGCACUUCAAGGGCCUGAUCGACGCCUCGGUCGGCGCCCUCUUCCCCGCCCUCAUGGAGAGGCUGCACAAGCUGUCCGUCGCGCUGAAGUGAAGCGCCGCGCCCGCCCACAAUGAGCACCGUGCCACCGUUCCCAUCUCCACGGACGGUUCAGCGAUGCUCGCCUUGCCCCCGCGCAGCGGCGUAGCACAGGCGCGACCUCCGCCGCGGGUGUGCGCGCAAGGACGGGCGGCGGCGCCCCGUGCCCGGCGAGCGCUGCGCGGCCAGGAGGGGGCGCGGCGCCGGGCCAGGGAGGGGCGCGAGGCGACCACAUGCACGUAGCAGAGCGACCCUCUGCCGGAGGGACCAGUGGUGCGGGCUCACAGCGGUCCCCCGAUCGCCGAGCGUGGUUCGGCAGCAGCGUCUCGCGCGCUGGUGCCUGGCCCCCCGCGGCCCCGC